AUGUUUCGUGUCGCUGCCCUGAUCACUUUUCUGUUUUUCGUGGUGCUGACAGAGGCCCAGCAUGAGCCGGGCUACUGCGCUUUCUAUGAUGAGUGUGGUCGCAACCCGUCAGUCGGAGAAUCUCUCCUCCCUCCUAUUGUCCCCUGUUACAACUACAGCCGUGCCCGAGCCCUCACAGGGGAACACUACAGGAAACUCAAAGAGGUGUGUCCCAUCCUGGACAAUGGAGAGAGCAACACGUACGCCUGCUGCUCCAUCAGACAGCUUUUGUCCCUGGAAAUGAGUCUGACCCUGUCCAAGGCAGUGCUGAUCCGCUGCCCUUCCUGUGCUGAGAACUUUGCCCACCUGCACUGCAUCAACACCUGCAGCCCCAACCAGAGCCAGACAGUAAAAGUCACAAAGGUGAUGAACGUCACUAGCAACAACAUAACGAGGGAAGCCGUGGUCAGUUACCAGGCGUUCUUAAGCACCACCUUCGCAUAUGGCUCCUUCCAGUCGUGCAAAAAUGUCAGGAUCCCCGCCACAGGAGGCUUUGCCAUCGGCACCAUGUGUGGUCGGUAUGGCGCUAAGUUGUGCAACCCCCAGCACUGGUAUAACUUCCAGGGAGACUCCAGUAAUGGCUUGGCUCCACUGGACAUCGACUUUCAACUGAUAAAAGAGGGAGAUACUGAGGGACUACCAAAUGGUGUGAUUCCCUACAAUGGACGUGCUCUGAAGUGUAACGAGACCACACCAUCCGGAGGUGAGGUCUGCUCCUGCCAGGACUGUGAAGAGUCGUGCCCGAGGAUGCCGCCUCUUUCGCUACCGCCCGGCCCCUUCAGACUGUUGGGGGCUGACGGAUUCCUCGUGAUUUCUAUCGUCUUACUCUGUCUCCUGAUGUUCGCCUUCAUUUUCUACCUCUUUGUGGCUUACUUGGUGAGGUCUCAGAAAAGAAAGGAUGAAGAGAAAGGAAAAGGAAAAAGUAAAGACCAGAACAGUAAUGAUGUGACUCAGCAAGUCAUUGAUCCAUCAGAGGUGACUUGUGCUGACAAGAACAGCCUGGCUGCUCAAGCUUUCCUAAGCUCAGAGUUUUGCCAUUGGGGAACCCUCAUGGCCACUUAUCCUCUCACGGUGCUCCUGCUGUCGGCUGUAGUCGUGGCCGUUUUCUCAGCUGGCCUCAAGUCCAUUGAGCUCACCACUGACCCCGUCGAGCUGUGGUCCGCUCCAAACAGCCGCGCCCGCCAGGAGAAAGACUUCCACGACAAACACUUUGACCCUUUCUUCAGGACUAACCAGCUGAUCUUGACGGCACCGGACCGGGAAGGCCACAUUUAUGACUCUUUGCUAUUUGGGCUGCAGAACUUCAGCGGGCUUGUAUCCAAAGAUCUCAUCAUUGAGCUCCUGCAGCUCCAGACACAAAUCCAGAACAUUGAGUUCUGGUCAGAGGAUCUGAACCGCACAGCGAGUCUGAAGGACGUGUGUUUCGCACCACUGAACCCAUCCAACCCCAACCUGACGGACUGCGCAGUCAACAGCUUGCCGCAGUACUUCCAGAACAGCCUGGAAAACAUUGACGCUAAGGUGAACAUGACAGAGCUAGGAGUGACCAAGGAGGUGGACUGGAGGGACCACAUAAUCUACUGCCUCAACUCUCCCCUGUCCUUCCAAGACAUCACUGAUUUACGUAUGAGCUGCAUGGCUGAUUACGGAGCUCCAGUCUUCUCCUUUCUGGCUGUGGGAGGCUAUGAGGAUGACGACUUCACCAAUGCUGAGGCUUUCAUCCUGACCUUCUCCCUCAACAACUACGCUCGUGACAACCCCAAGUACAAAGUGGCUAUGCAGUGGGAGUCAGAGUUUCUGAAAAUUGUCCAGGCCUACCAGAAGAACCCAGCAGCCAACUUCACCUUUGCAUACAUGGCAGAGAGGUCUCUGGAGGAUGAGAUUAAUCGGACAACAGCAGAAGACAUCCCCAUCUUCAUGAUUAGCUAUGCUGUAAUCUUUGUUUACAUUUCCGUUGCAUUAGGAGAGUACUCUUCAUGGAAACGCAUACUGGUGGACUCCAAGUUUCUGGUGGGUCUUGGUGGGAUAAUGGUGGUUGGCUGUUCUGUCCUGGCCUCUAUGGGCUUUUACUCCUGGAUCGGCAUCCCCUCCUCGCUGGUCAUUCUGCAGGUUGUGCCUUUCCUGGUGCUCGCUGUUGGAGCUGACAACAUCUUCAUCUUUGUUCUAGAGUACCAGAGAGAUGUGCGGAAGCACGGAGAGAAGAGAGAGGAGCAGAUUGGUCGCGUCCUUGGAAACGUAGCUCCCAGCAUGCUCCUGUGCAGUCUCUCCGAGUCUAUCUGCUUCUUUCUAGGGGCCUUGUCCACCAUGCCAGCAGUGAAGACCUUUGCUCUGUACGCUGCUCUGGCCGUGCUCAUGGACUUCCUACUCCAGAUGACAGCCUUUGUGGCGCUGCUGUCCCUGGACACCCGGCGCCAAGACAACAACCGCUGUGAACUGCUCUGCUGUGUUACAGUGUCCACCCAGCGCUCCACCCAGCGCUCCAACAAGCCCAACGAGGGCUUUCUGCUGCCCCUCAUGAGGAAAUACUACGCCCCUGUUCUACUGCACCGUUACACCAGAUUCAUAGUGAUGGUGGUUUUCAUCUUCAUGUUCUGUGGAUCCUUAUUUCUCAUGUUUAAUGUGACCGUGGGUUUGGAUCAGGAGCUGGCUAUGCCUCAGGGCUCUUAUAUGCUGGACUAUUUCCAGUACCUGUACAAAUACUUUGAAGUUGGAGUCCCUGUUUACUUUGUAACAAAGAAAGGCUUCAACUUCACCUCUGUGGAGGGCAUGAAUGGAGUCUGUUCCAGCGUGGGCUGCGAUCAGUUCUCACUCACCCAGAAGAUCCAGUACGCAACCAACCACCCUGAAUUAUCCUACUUGGCUAUUCCUGCUAACUCCUGGGUAGAUGAUUUCAUUGAUUGGCUGAACCCUGGAUCCAGAUGUUGUCGUCUGUACACCUUCGGAGAAAAUGCUGGAAAGUUCUGUCCUGCAAGCGAAUCUUCUUUCCUCUGUCUCCAAAAGUGUGUAGGUACUCCUGCAGAUGGCGUCCUCAGGCCCAAGGUGGAACAAUUCAACCGCUUCCUCCCCGACUUCCUGGGAAACAGGCCUGACCUGAAGUGCCCCAAAGGUGGUCUUGGAGCCUAUGACAAAGCUGUGGUGACAGAUCAGAGUGGAGAAAUUAUAGCCACUCGGUUCAUGGCUUACCACACACCGUUAAGCAACUCUCAGGAGUUCACUGCUGCACUGCUGAAGGCCAGAGAGCUGGCCCACAACAUCACAAUGGGCAUGAGGAAAAUACCAGGCACCUCACCCGACUUUGAAGUAUUUCCUUACACGGUGACUAAUGUGUUUUAUGAGCAGUACCUGACUAUUGUGCCGGAGGGACUCUUCAACAUCUCCUUGUGUCUAAUGCCGACCUUCAUAGUGUGCUGUCUCCUGCUGGGUUUGGAUCUGCGCUCUGGUCUGCUCAACCUGUUCACCAUAAUCAUGAUCACCGUGGAUACCGUUGGUGUCAUGACACUGUGGGGCAUAGAUUACAACGCAGUGGCCCUUAUCAAUCUGGUCACGGCGGUGGGAAUCUCUGUGGAGUUUGUGUCUCAUAUGACGAGAUCUUUUGCACUCAGCACCAAGAACACACAUGUAGAAAGAGCUAAGGAGGCUACAGCCAACAUGGGCAGUGCGGUGUUUGCUGGUGUUGCUAUGACCAACCUGCCAGGCAUCCUUGUGCUGGCUUUUGCCAAAGCACAACUCAUUCAGAUCUUCUUCUUCCGAUUAAACCUCGUCAUUACACUUUUGGGGAUGGCUCACGGACUAGUAUUCCUCCCUGUACUGCUCAGCUACUUUGGUCCUGGUGUGAAUAAAGCGGUGUUGCUGCAGCUCCAGCAGGAGAAAGCAAAGGCCAACCAGGAGCUGGAGCUGAGACACAAUAUGAGACAACUCUAUGAUAACUUAGGCUAUGAAAGCAAUGAGCUAAAACUAGACCCAGACUCAAACUCCACAAAGGCCCCCACACCUGCACAAAUGAUGGAAAAACAACAGGAGGAGCGAGUGGAGAGAAGUGACUGUUUCUGAGCACCAAAAAAAGAACAGUUUUUUAAGCUCUGAUGAGUGAAUAUGUCUAACUGAACAAGGAUGGACACAGAAAAGGACAGAGAUCGCAAACAAAAAGACUUGUAUUUGUCUCUGUAUGGAAAUCAUUAACCUAACUAUGUACCUUAAUCAGAAAUGGGAUGGUGGGACAGAAAACAAACAGUUGUGCAAUAUUUCUGAUUAAUGCAAGAGUGGACUAUUGCAAUGAGUCAUCCUUCCUGUCACAAUGUUGAAAAGCUACACAUCUGUCUUCACAAGCACACCAGCUGGGCAAGAGUUAUUGUUCAAUUGUAGACGUAUUUGACAGGACAGGAAGUCAACAAAUGUUCUUGAAUUAGUCAUUUUGUGUUUUUUGUAUUGAAUGUAGUUUUUGUGUUGCAUUUGUGUGAAUACUUCACAUUAGUAAUGUUUAGAGUGAUUCAAAGAAACACACUCCAGCUUUUCAUAUUAUGGUUUCUUUAAUAGCACUAAGGUGGCAUUGUUGUAAAAUGUGCAAUCGGUGACAACAUAUUAAAUUAGUUUAAACAUU